AUGUGCAUUGAGAACUCGUCUAAAAGACUGCCCUCUGUACUCCCGCCAGAAGUCAUACUCAACGUGCUCGAUCAGCUAGUCGGGUCCCCUUAUCGACAGCAGCCUAUUUUCGAUGCGACGAGUGCCGUCACCAAGGCGUUACGAGCACUCACUCUCACUUCGCGCACUAUGCAUGCAGUCGCAUCAAAAUAUCUCUACCGUCGCUGCCUUUAUCUCAACGACUGUGUGAGCUAUGCUUGCUUGAGAAGAACUUUAGGGAUCGACCUCGGCAGCAACCAUCCUCAAUCACUGGCUUACGGUCAAGCUGGGCGAAACGAAAGAUUGUGGCGUGACGCCGAAGUAACCCGACAUAUUCAGUCGGCCUUUAUAUCUCCGAUGAAGACAUUUAGCGAAGGGUCGAAGAACGCCCAAGAAACGCCCAUGGUUCGGCUUCCACAGGUCAUUGAUCUUUGCAGUUCCAUUGGAACUACACUCAAAAGAUUGGUGUUGGACAUGGUGCCUGUGUACUCGCCGCACAGUGAAGUCGAGAAAGUCAGAUUUCCGCAGAAGGACACAAACAUAUUCUUGGGAAUGCCGACCCUCGAGGAGCUUGUCGCAAGCUACGAUGUGCCGGACCAUUUUCGAUCACCACCGCCAAACAUCAAGAGGCUCGCCAUCACGAUACGAGAUCUUCAUGACAUAGCCAUGGACUUCUGUUUUGCUGUAUCAGGUCUUGAAACCCUGAUCAUACUCCGACCGGUAGAAUUGAGCGCGGCAGAUAUCAACAGAUUCUUCACAGCGUACAAGGGAAGAAGCCUGGAUAUUAUCUUGGUAGACAUAAAUCCAUACCACCGUACCCCGACAGGCACAAGAGACUGGACAGACAGCGACACGGUCCGGAUCUGGGAGGCAGACGUUCCAACAAGCUUCUAUGGUGACGACGACAACCUUAUCCUCUGCGACAACUGGAUCUGGACUCAAGCUGUUCAAGGUACACUCUGGAGCCAGUGUAAUAGAAGAAUGGCUUGUUGGUCGGAGAUACAUCAACUACUUACUGGACCUAUUCAUCACAUAUUGAACGAAGCUUGGUAUUGA